UCCAAAAUUAUUGUUGUCGUGGCAACUGGCAACCUCAUAAUUUUAUCAGUCUUAGGAAGUGCGCCUGCGAAAGUUGUCUUAUAAUAAUAACUGGUGUUGGUUACGCAUGCUGUAAGUUAAACUGUUAAUAUGCUUCAUCUAUUGUGUCAAUGAAAGGGUCCUCAGCAAGCACUUCUAACCCUGGUCUCAAUUGACUUAUGCUCAUCCACAGCAGAUGCUGCCAGCCUAAUUUUAGGAGUUAUUAAAACUCUUAUAUGCAAUGGAUACCUGGGGAGGUGUUGAAGAACAGGAGCUGGACAAGAGAAACCAGAAUCGGGCUUAUAAUUUAGCCAAUAAAGUUUCUCAAUUACGAUCAGUGGCAGUAGAUCUUGAGCUAGAAGCGCAUGAGCACAAUAGGAUGCUUGAUAAUAUGGAUGGAGAUUUUUCUUCUGGCAGCUCAUUGCUUGGUCUGAGCAGCAACAGACUGCACGGAGUGCUAACGGCGGGGAGGCAGAACAAGCGUGUCAUGUGCUACGUCGCCGCUGCUGUAGUCAUCAUCGUCCUUAUUUCUUACCAUGCUUUCUCUGGCUCCAGCGUAUAGUAGAUUUUAUUUCACUCUCUCUGUGUAGUCUUGGCUUUAAAGGUAACAUGGACUUUAAUUUGAAGUCUAAUAGCUCUUUAUUGCUUCUUUUUCCCCGCUCAUUUCCUACAUGAAAACACAUUUUUGUCCGUAGUCAGUGAAAAUGUGUGUGCAUCUGUGGAGGUCUACUUCUCUGAAGAUAUUUUUGUCUUCAAACUAAAAUAUGUUCUGUAUUCAGAUUUUUUUAUGUGAUGCAAUAAGGUUAAUAUCGUGAUGAGAAUUUGUGACUUAUGUAACGUGAUGAAUACAUUUGAAUGUUGUUAUACUAUAGCUGGGGCAAUAUAUUUACAAAGCUCUACCUCGGACAAUACAAAUUAGUAGGCUGCUGCCAUCCGUGUGCUGUUGCUGCUGUUUUUAUUGCCACUAUCUAAUUAUUGUUUCUUCUUAAUUCAAAACAUUUUUGUAGAAUAAAUUCGUUGAGUUGAUCAAUGAAUAUUUAACGAUCAUCAAAAUCACCUUAAUUCUAUUUGUAUUUCUGAUGCUUACAUUAUAAGUUCAUUUAAGUUUUUUUUUCUAUUUAGUAAUUUUUUUAUUAUUUUCUCAAACAGUUUAAAAGAAAUGCAUUUUGGUAGUUCUGGAGCUCAUAAUAUUUUGCCAAUCAAAUGUUUCAGUUUGGAAAUGUUGAAUGGAAAUGCUUUUUAUUGCGUAAUGUGAUAGGUAAUGUUCACAUGAAAUGUUUGAUGUUGAGUGUUUAUAAUGACCUAAUGCUGUUCACUCAAAUGUACCAAUCCAAAACUGAUAGAUUGUUUAAAAUAACUAUAUUAUAUUAAACAUUCUUGAUAUCCAACUUCUAUUAUUAUUAGAAUUUUGUAUUCAAAUGCUCAGGUGAACGAGUAUGUUAUAUAAAAGCUUAUAUGUAGUAUUGUACAUUGUUCAGUGUUGGCGUUGUUAAUAAUUCUGGAUCCUAUUUUCUUACAGAGUUACACUACUUGCCAAGUAUUAUUGUGUGAAAUUGUAAUCAUACAAACAUUAUAAUUAGAAUAUUAAUCGUUUCGUGCUAUGUUAAUCUUAAUACUAUAUAUUUUAAAUUUUAUACAAAAGUUACAUCGCUUGGGAUCUAAAAUAUUGAGUCACUUAACCGACUUAAGGUAUUCUUUAUCUCGUCUGUUAUUUGCUCUUCUUUUAGUGUAGUUUGCACUUUUUGUGUCUUUCUUUGAUCCUUGUUCUUUCUUGAUAUUUUUCAAUCUGGUCUGCUAAAUUGAGAGUUUUCACUUGUUAUUUAAAUCUGAAUAUCAACCUAUUGUAGGGAUAAUUUUUUUUCUUGGGUCUUAAGUUUUGUGUGUGUUAAGAUUUCUCAUCGUCAUGUGAUGAGAGGAACUUACGUAUUUUGGGUUGAAUGCAUAACAAGAUAUUCUUCAAUUCAGGCACUAAACGAUUAAUUGAAAUUUUUUUAGCUGUUUAUUUACCUAGACACAGCACAUGUUUUAUGGAAGUGAUGUUGCUGCAAACAAUUUUUAGUCGAGGACUAUAAAAUUUCUAUUGUGAGUGCAUCCGAGACCAUCGCUUGCUCGAGAUACACAGUAGCAGCCUAAUGAACGUGUUUAUGGGACGAGUUCAAUCCCAGGCUGGCUGCAGCAUUUGCAAAAGUUGAGUCGGACUCGUGCCUUUCCUAAAUUUUUCCUAGACCAUUUAUAACCUCAAGCUUAUCCAUGCCUAGUCUGAUGACGGCUUUUCCCGUCUCCACACAGCUUGACUACACCCCUCGCCUUCUAGUGGGCACCGUAUAAACAGAAAAUUGAACGUUUUAAAUUUGGCUAUAACCGUGAGUCCGCAGAUGCCAUUGGGUGCACAAUACUCCACAAAAAAAUUCCAUUACAUCUCGUUAACCUCUGCCUCUGCUCCUGGAUAACCAACCAUACCAUGAUUAGUCUGUUAUUACAGUUGCCGUGCGUCUCCAGGCUACGGGCACGUUACUAGGAUGUACCGGCUUCCUACCUGCCUUGUCGUCUUGACCAUCUUGAGAUCAAGAAUCUUCGUGGUCAAUUUUGAAUGACGCUUUUUAGCAUGUCUGCGAAAAGAAGGAAACUUCCUUUUCUUCUUCGGGUCAGGUUCAAUAGAACCUCUCAUUUCUUUUUUGGAACAUUGAAAGGAAAAAAACUUGGUCUUCUUGAGGUUUGACAUCUACUGGUCCCAUCCGUGUCUCGCUUAUGGAAGAUUUUGUCGGUUGAAAUUCAAUUGGGAGGAAUUCUGGUUUCUCUAGGCCGAGUUAAUGCCAAAUGUUAAGCUCUUCCGCCGUCUCCAAGGAGUAGUGCACGUCGUAUGGACAACGACUUCGCGUCAGGACCUGGUGAGGCGGUCUUCCUUUGAGCGCCGUCCCCUCGUAACGACUGCCAGUUGCAGUUUCUUGCUUCCUAUCCAUUAUUCCAAAUCGGGCCUGGUAGGGUAUAUCGGAAUAUGUCGUGGUUUUGUUUUCAGCACUGUGCUUCUCGACUCUCAAGGAUCAUGACAGUAUACGAGAUUCAUAUAACUAUUAACCAUUAAGUAAAAUUCCGGUUACUACUAUUCACAAAAUAUUUUCUUAUUGUUCAGUAGAGAACUGAUUAUUUCUUCAGGUGAUCCGACUCGUCACAGAAAAUUACUAAAUUCUGAUUA